UCCGACGCUACGACGGCUAUUUAAAAAAAUAAAUUAAAAAAAUCAUGGCCAUGGCGGUCACGAUGCUGACGAAGAAGUGUCUUCCUCCACCUCACGAAGUGACAGGAGGAGGAGGAGGAGGAGGAGGAGAAAGAGGAGAAGGAAACGGAAGAGUAGAAGGAGGAGGAGGAGGAGUAGGAGAAAUUCGAGAAAGAGGACGAAGAGGAGGAGGAAGAGGAGGAGGAGGAGAAAUAGGAGAAAGAGGAGGAGGAGGAAGAGGAGGAGGAGGAAGAGGAGGAGGAGGAGGAGGAGGAGGAGGAGGAAGUGGAGAUGGAGGAGGAGGAGACAUCUCACUGAUCCCUAGCCAUGGCAGAUCCUUGGGAUUAGGACCGGAAGCAGGAGCGGCAAAUGAGUGCCAGGAAGGCCAAAACGAUGACCGGCACAAUGGAGCCGAAGAUGAUCGCGGCGAUUGUCUCAUCACUCCUAUUGCUCUCUUCUGCGCCUAUGUUCCUUGGAUUGCUCCAGCUACUACGAUAGAUCGUUGGUCCCUGGUAUGGCCCCUCUAUACAGAUUCUGAAGAAGAAGACGAAGAUAGGGAGUCGGACGUCAUCCUGUCGACCGUGCAGCGUGCUGGGAUCGAGAUGAGGCGGAGGUUAGAGACAGCGCUGCGUUCGCAAGGGGACAAGGUGACAUUAAAGGCUCCAGUGAGCCAAUUGAAGCGCGUUAAGMGAAAUCCGCUGCUGAGUCUGGAGAGGGUCAGGAGAAGGAAAAGGGUCAGCUUGAACGUGCACGUAAUCGUGCCACGUGGUGCUGCAGGAUUGCCUGCGCACAGAAAUGAUCGACGAUCACAAUCAUUGAAGAGACGUCUGGUGGAGGUAGAACAGGUGGAGGUGGUGACGGUGGGGGUAGGGGUGUGGAUGGGGGUGGGGGUGGGGCUGGGCGUGGUACCGCAAAACGUUUUUCUUCCAAGGUCACGUGGCCAAUCUCCUGCUUCGGAAUCCGUUCCUUUGGAAGCCAUGUGCUGCGCGCCGAGUCGUCGUCGUCGUCUUCUCAACCUUCCGUUCUCACCGCUCUCCUUGCCACCGGCCAUGGCUCCUCCUACCCGUACUAUCGAAUUCGCCGCCGACAUCCUCAAGCCGGCUUGGCUAUGGAGGAGGAAUUCUUUACGAACCUCUCCGUUGCUUACAGACGACCGGGCUGACACCUCCGGCUAACGGUAGCCAGCCCUGCUCUGAAGGUACGGACUCCAGUAUCUCUCUCUCUCUCUCUCUCCUGUUGCGGAAUUCCUUACGAACCCCUCCGUUGCUUAGAACGACCAGGCUGACAACCCCGGCUAACGGUAACCAGCCCUGCUCUGAAGGUACCACUCUCUCUCUCUCUCUCUCUCUCUCUCUCUCUCUCUCUCUCUCUCUCUCUCUCGUUCGUUCGUUCGUUCGUAUGGGCUCCGGUAGUGGUGUCAACUCUCUCUCUCUCUCUCUCUCUCUCUCUCUCUCUCUCUCGCUCGCUCGCUCGCUCGCGCGCGUGCGCGCAACAUACACGCACAGAGGCACCUCGCGGCCGGCCUCUCCUGGAAAUGAUUACCUUCUCAGUGACAAUUGAUCAGGAUAAUCCCAACGUAUGUCCUCCAUCUAGAACCGAAAUCCCGAACC